AGACAGAAAUAAUCAGUCAAUGGUAUUGUGAUAAUUGUAUGAUUCGUGAAAUUACGAAUUUACGCCUUUUAUUUUUGCCCAAAGGGUGUUUUAUAUAAAAACAAAUAAUUACUUACAGCCAACUAUUCUGAGGCAGUAGAGUUGAAUACUGUAACCACUGAUAACACUUCCAAUUAGUAGAUUUUAUUACUAUCAGCCAACUUUAAUAAACUUAAAAUGAAGAAAAAGGUAUUGCUAAUGGGGAAGAGUGGCUCUGGGAAGACCAGUAUGAGAUCUAUCAUAUUUGCCAACUAUAUAGCAAGAGAUACUCGACGCUUAGGAGCUACUAUUGAUGUUGAACACUCACAUGUCCGCUUCCUGGGCAACUUGGUGCUGAAUCUCUGGGACUGUGGAGGACAGGAGGCCUUCAUGGAGAACUACUUUGCUUCACAGAGAGACAACAUAUUUCGGAAUGUUGAAGUACUCAUUUAUGUGUUUGAUGUUGAAAGCAGAGAGAUGGAGAAAGACAUGCACUAUUAUCAGUCAUGUUUGGAAGCUAUUCUACAGAAUUCUCCCGAAGCUCGUAUAUUCUGUCUGGUGCACAAAAUGGACUUGGCUCCUGAGGAACAGAGAGAUGAGAUCUUCAGAGAACGAGAGGAAGAUUUGAAACGGCUCUCAAAACCCUUAGAAUGCACAUGUUUCCGGACCAGUAUAUGGGAUGAAACUUUAUACAAGGCGUGGUCAAGUAUAGUGUACAAGUUAAUACCUAAUGUUAAGGCGCUAGAGUCUUCUCUGAGACAGUUCGCGGCGAUAGUGGAUGCUGACGAGGUGUUGCUAUUCGAGCGCGCGACGUUCCUGGUGGUGUCGCACUGCCAGCGGCGGCCGCACCGCGACGCGCACCGCUUCGAGAAGGUCUCCAACAUCGUGAAGCAGUUCAAGCUGUCCUGCUCCAAGCUGGCCGCGCAGUUCCAGAGCAUGGAGGUCCGUAACAGCGUGUUCGCGGCGUUCAUAGACGGGUUCACGAGCAACACGUACGUGAUGGUGGAGAUGUCGGACCCCAAGAUACCCUCCGAAGCCACGCUCAUCAACAUCCGGAACGCCAGAAAACACUUCGAGAAGCUUGAGAAAGUAUCGUCCACCGCCUCACUUAACUAUCAGUGAUUGUAAAUUUUGUAUAAAUAUUAUUAUAGUCUAGAAAUGUUUAUUAAUCGAAAAUAUUACUGUAAAGUCAUAAAAACAUGUACGUCUUGAACUUCUUUUAGACAAAUUAUAUAUUUUCCCCGUUUCAAUAUUGGACAUUGAACAAAAGGAAAACUAAAUAUCAAACGACAAACAUUUUAACUAAAUAAUGUUUUAGAGAGUCUAGUUAAAUUUGUCUUUCCGUUCGUAUUUUAGAAUCUAUUUUUUAACAAAAUUGUUUUAAUUUUAUAAAAUGACAGUUCCGCUUUUAAUUGGACCAAAGGUUUUCUACUCUGCCUUUAAGACUGGAUAUUUUUUUAUUUAUUUCAUAAACCUAUUAUUUUCAAUUAAUAAACAUUUUGUACGAUACAUUACACGAUCGAGUUCUUGCCGAAGUGGCAUGUUGUUGGUUAUUACAGGUCUAGCGCUAUAUGAAGUCGGUUCCUAAUGUUUACGCCCAUUCUGACAAGUUCUGAUAGCGUCGUGUUUUCUUAGAGCCAUGUCCCAUUGCUCAGUUGCGCUGUGUCGUUCUCUGUCAACAUAGAAAUUGUAUGAAGUUUCGACGUACUUCGACGCAUGUCAGUGUCACAAACCCUAAAGAAAAUAACGGAGCACAAAUUGCCACUACGUUCUGCGUCGACGCAACGGUUCACGACUUAGCAAUGGGGCAUGAGUAUUGCGUAAUGUUUUCGUAUACUAGUUAUGAAGUAUAUACAGCGGAACAGUUCUGGAUAUCGAUUAAUUUUAGUCGAAGUCAAAAUCGGUCGAAUUUCAUUUUAUUUCAAAAGAUGUAUAUGCGUGAUAUUAUUCUAAUAACUGAGACACGUAUUUGAUUUAACUUCAAAUUCCCACUAGGAACCAAUUCAGAUAAGUACUAGACCCCUAUAAGUCCUGUCGGAUAUACAGUGCAGUUUUGACAUUAAUUGUCAUUUAUUUUUGUAAGGUUUUAGGGAUAAUAAGUCUUCCUAAUAAGUAUAGUUUAUAUCCAAUAAAACCCAUCAUGAUACUUCACAAUAAUGAUAAAUUCACAAUACUGCUCGUACAGUCAGUACCACGAAAGACGCCACCAAGGUCAGUGGUUGGUAUAAUGGGUACACCCGGGUUUAAACCCAGUUAUCACACAUUUCAUGGAGGGAUAAAAACUAGAGGGUUUAAACCCAGACACUGGUUUUAACCCCGGUGAUUAUCCAUCUCGGCUAACGUCGGCGAACUGUUAUUGGGCGAAAUAUUAUUAUAGUAUCAUAUAUUUCCGCGGCUCUUUCUCUAAGUCUAAACAGAUUUUUAAGCUCUACUCUAUACUCACUACAUAUCCGACAGUACGAUAAGGAUUAUGGAUACAGUGUUGAUGGAAUUAGUUAAAUGUACCCCUAGACUUAGCUGUUAACAAUAUUUUAUAUUUAAAAAACUGGUACUAUAAUUCCAGCAGUUGAUUUAUAGUGACGUACCACGUCGUAAACAUCUGUUUUCUUUAAUUUUUAUAAGUAAUAGUGCUUAAUGUUAGCAAAGAAAUUGCUGUGAUGAUCCGACUAUAAGUUAAUACAGUUUCACAUUUAUUUUUCACACACUCAGCAAAUUUUAUCGCUUUUUUAUAUGUAUAAGAAUAUUAGUUAUGUCAGUGUGUGUAUGAUUUGUAUAUUUCGCAAAUGACGAAUGUCAGAUAAUUCCUUGGUAUAUGGACUCUGAGCUCCGACGCUUACCGUUGUACCGCUUACCGCAACUGUUUCCAGUUGCGGUCGGUCGGUCCGCUCAAAUGAGAGAGAAAUAAGUCCUUUGGAAAAUAUAAUAUUAUUGUAUGUAACGGAUACACCACUCCCAAAUUUAUUCUAUUCUAUUUUUAUAAUAUUUUUUUAUUCUAGUUUCGCAAAUUUAAUCUAUCAUCAUUAUUUGUUUUGUUAACCUUUAUGUCAACAAAUGUCAAUUCAUUCGUUCUCUAAAGUACGUAAAUUUUUGAUUAAAAUUAUGAAUGUGCAACAUGCUUAUUACGUUAAUUAAAUUUUAUGUGGAAUAGAAAAUGGAUGAACAAAUGAAUGUUUAAAGAAAUUCAGUGCAAUGAUUACUUCAAAAGAGGGCUGACAUUUUUAGUACUCCCAAUAUGUAAAUGCUAUAAGUAAACUUUAAUCUUAUAAUUGAUAAAAUAUUUUUUCCUAAUUAUUUGGCAAAAGUAACAUUUCAAAAAUGUACAAUCAACAGUGAGUAGACUUAUUUGAUGUACCUUUAAUUGUUGUUUAGAUUUUAAUUUGCCAAGUUAUAAAUGGCUGUUAUAUUAGGUUAACAUAUGUUUCCAUUUAUAUAGGUUGAUUUUGAAACAUCAACCUUAUUUUUAGGGUGUACGUACAGCAAAUACAUACAUUUAAAAAAUGGGAGAAAACUACUGUUUCUAGUCACAUCUUUUAAAUUGUUAAAUUCCUGAAAAUUUGGUUGGUGUAUAGUUAACAUUAUUUAUGUAUUUACACAGUAAUUCAUUUGUGACGUCACACCAAGACAGCAUCUAUAAUAUUUUUAUUACUCAAAAAUAUAUAAUAUAUGUUUCGUA